CAUUUUAACGUUUGCUAUACUCCAUAUUUUCUGCUGCAGCGAAAGCGAAACAGGGGAGACCAUGGAGAUUCCACUCAAGCAUCCUGAUAAAUCUCCUUUAAUUCCUUUCCUUCACGCCAUCUCUCCGCUUCCCACCUUCUGUUUCCAAUCUCUUGGAAGUCCGGUGAAAUGCAAGAUCUUCAAUGCCCUGCAUCAUCAGAUGCAGCGCAGCAGAGAACUCGUUGCGGUAGCAAAAGAGAACAUUAACGUUUCAAUUUCAACCAGCAUAAACAACUCGAAUGAUUUCCCAAACAAGACUAGAAUCGGAGAGGAGCCUUCUUACGAUUUCUAUAACAACUCAAUUAGCAAUUCUUGCAAAGCAGGGGACAUUGAUAGUGCUAUGGCGUGUCUUGCUCGAAUGGAGGCUCUGGGGUUUCAUCCCAACCCUGUAUCUUACGCUUGCUUGAUUGAUGCUCUUGGGGUUGCGGGCAGGACUUGGGAAGCUGAAGCAAUCUUUCAAGAAAUGAAUUCUUCUGGGAUUAUGCCAACGCAGAGAGUGUGUAAUGCCUUGCUCAGAGGGUAUUUGAGAAAAGGCCUCUUAGGGCUUGCGGACAGGGUUUUGACUGUAAUGGCUGAUUUGGGUAUUAGAAGGAAUCAGGAAACAUAUGAGAUACUGCUGAAUUACCACGUCCAUGCUGGGCGGUUGAAAGAUACAUGGUCUACUAUCAGUAGUAUGAAGCGGGAAGGGUUUCCGAUGAACUCAUUUGUGUAUGGUAAGGUUAUUGGUCUUUAUAGGGAUCAUGGGAUGUGGAAGAAAGCGAUUGGGAUAAUAAAAGAGAUAAAGGAGAUGGGGGUUUCACUGGACAAUCGGAUUUAUAACAGUAUAAUUGAUACAUAUGGGAAGUAUGGUGAAUUAGGUCAAGCCUUACAAGUGUUUGAGAAAAUGCAGCAAGAAGGUAUAAAGCCUGAUAUAACAACAUGGAAUUCUUUGAUUCGGUGGCAUUGUCAGGCUGGGGAUCUAUCUAAAGCUCUAGAGUUGUUUACUGAGAUGCUAGAACAAGGAUUAUAUCCUGACCCAAAAGUUUUCGUUACCAUCAUUAGCCGUUUGGGCGAGCAAGGGAAGUGGGCUAUGAUAAAUGAGAAUUUUGAGAAAAUGAAACGUAAAGGGCACCGAGUAAGUGGGGCGAUUUAUGCAGUUUUGGUUGAUAUUUAUGGGCAAUAUGGGAGUUUUCAGGAUGCUGAAGAGUGUGUACGUGCUUUAAAGGUGGAGGGUCUUCAACCCUCAGCUAGCAUGUUUUGUGUGUUAGCAAAUGCUUAUGCUCAACAGGGAUUCUGUGAGCAGACAGUGAAGGUUCUUCAGCUCAUGGAAGCAGAAGGUAUUGAACCAAACCUUGUAAUUCUGAAUGUUUUGAUCAAUGCGUUUGGCAUUGCUGGAAGGCAUUUGGAGGCAAUAUCAAUCUAUCACCAUAUGAAAGAAAGUGGUAUAACUCCUGAUGUAGUUACCUACACUACACUUAUGAAGGCACUUAUGAGAGCAAAGAAGUUUGAUCAGGUACAAGGGAUUUACGAGGAAAUGGAAUCCACAGGAUGUACUCCUGAUAGGAAGGCUCGGGAGUUGCUGCAAACUGCAUUAAUGAUUCUGCAACAGAGAUCUUGGUGGCACCAACACCAUGUUAUUUCCCUAAUUCUGCUGUCAAGUAAACGCCAGAGUUGAUGGACAACAGAGAUUUUUUGUGCUAAAGCUUAGAUUAAGCAGGCGGGGACCUGAGGAACAUUCGAGUUAUGAAGUACAAACACUUAGCUUAGCUGGAUUCUCAGUUCAUGUAAAGGAAGAAGUUGAGAGAUCGACUUCUAUUGAUCGACCCAUUGAUUCCUUGCCCAGACUUGCAAGCCCUUCAAGAGGUGGUAUGAGACCAUCAACUUGUUUGACUAUAUUUAGAAUUGCAUUGCUCAAGUCUGCAGAAUGAAGGAAAACAAGACAAAGAAAGGCAGUAGAAGGAGAAUGGGAGGAGGAGGAAGAAGAAAGGGUGUGUAUAUAUACAUCAAGGCUAUUUUUUUAGCUCCUGGCUGUAAUAUGUACUCUCGAUAUUUUGAAAAACAGAUGCAUUUCAAAUUUGUGCUG